AGGAAAAAAAAUAAAAUCUUUAAAAAAAAAAUUGAGGGUUCGGACAGUCUCAGGUGGGUGAGAGAGCAAAAGGUAGGUGUCUCUAGGCAGAGGAGAGUAGGCAGGAGAGGUUAGAGAUGUUCUAGAAAGGUGGCAGAGAAAACCUGAGCUAGCCACGGCCCUGGAGGGCAGAGCUGAGAAAGAUUACCAGUGUUGGAUCUGGGUAUAUGAGAGGCAGAACCUGGGUGAGAAUUUUUUCACAGGCUCACAGUGGCACAAAGAGACAAAAUGGAAAACCGGGAUUCAGUUUCUCAAAAGAGCAAAUCCAACAUCAAGACCAUGGGUCAGAACUGAGCACUUGGAGGUGGAUAGAAAUGGGGUUUGGACUGAGAGUCAGGGAAAAAGGAGGCCCAGGGCUACUGUUUCUUAUGAGACAGUGAGUGUGUGGUAAAUGGAUAGCUCACCUGGGCUUCAAGAGCCAGAACAUGCAAAGAGCAGACCUCAGCCCCCUCCAAAACCUGGUCUGCGUCAUUCAUGGUCUCAGGGCACCAGGCUUGCAGAGACCUUCAGGAAACUGAGAAGGUUCUCCUUGAAAUUCACAGUGAUGGCACAGACAAUAAUUCUUUUCUCUCUAACUGAAGCCAGAAUCAUAGCCUUCUUUGACACUUAACUUUUUCAGUCAGAAAAGUAGAAUUGAGGGCUUCCUGCAGACCCACAUGUGAGAUCUUCACCAUCAGAUCCCCCUCCUGGGUCUGACCAGGCUUGCACCCGUUUGCUGCUCAGUAGCGGCCCCUGCUGUUAAAGAGAAAAAUAGGAACACAUCCAGAGUCAUAUUAACUCUGGUCAUGCAACCAGGAGACUUUGGAGCAGGCAGGGGAGGAGUCAGAGAGGAUGUAAAUAGGCUGAGGAAAUCCCCAGGGAGAUCUCCAGUGUUCAGGGCACCUGGGUGAGGUGCUAAUGCCGAGACAAAGCUGAGCCCAAAGACUUUGUGCUUAAAAAUCUUCCAUAAGCUUCCCAAUUUAAUCGCUUCAUUCCAAAAGUUUGCUAGGAACCACCACAGUGCCCUCGGAGAAAUGCCAUUGCAAACUUUUAUUUGGGGGCUUUCAGAGCUGUUAGAUGACAAAUAUUUUAAAAGAUACCGCACUAAUUCUUUAAGUUAAUAUUACAGUAAAUUUUAAUUAGGAGUGGAGGCACAGGAGGGGCUGUUUGUGUUUGUUUACCUCCUGAGUAGGAAUCUGAGUGUGGAUCCUCCUGUGGGAACCCUGCUGGGAUGCACUCUUGCAUGCACGCAUUUCUGGGUAUGUGAGUACCCGUGGGAUGCACGUGCUGUGCGUACAAAGUGAGGCGGUCACUUGACAUUUCUGGACAAAAACUGUAUGUGAGGAGGAGAAAGAAAGCAAACUCAUAAUCAAAUAAAAGUAGGGAGAGGGGGAGAGAAGAGAUUGCAGUUGAUUAUGGGUCUGGCAGCAGAUGUUCUACACGAAUCCAACUCGCUGCAGCCAGUCUGUUGCCAUGGCAACAGAAUCAGUAAUUAUUGAGCCCAGGAACUCCCCCCUCCUUUCUCCCAACAAGGUGGAGGCUGAUGAAUAUGAACUAUCUUCAGCCCAUCACCAGCUCUUUCUUUUCCUUCUUCUUCCUUUUUUUUUUUUAGCUGUUUAUAAGAAAAGUCGGGGUAUUGAAGGGUACCCAGAAGAUGAGCUAUAUGUUUAUUAAUGAAAGAGAUAGGGCACUAAAAUUGAAAUGAAGUUAUUGUUUUUCUUUUGUGAUAGUGUAAGAGAAAAGCUCUUCCUAGAAAAGCCGAUGAUCUCGGAAGAUGCUAAAUAAAUGAGCAGGAGUUUCCCUGAAAUGGAGGCUCCCUUUGAUUGGCUGAUCUUUCCGAGAUUCCUGCCAAUCGGAGCACCCCUGGGCUCCAGCUCCAUAAACAUAAGCAAAGCUACAUGCUUAUUCUUCUGGACUUGAAGUGUAUACCAUUCAAAGGUGUGCGGCGGGUCUCCAUUCACAUGGCUCAACUGGAAACCUAUUUCAUGAGCCAGCUUUUUCAGGAACCAUCUGGUAUUCCAGCACAUUGUUCUUCUGGAGGACGACUCUAAGACAUUUGGUGGUAAUAGCAGCUUAGAAGCAGUAUUUGUAGUUGGGAAAGAUGGACUUACAGGAGCUUGGUAAUGCAGGUGGUGAAGGAGCAGGUUAUGAGAGCUCUUACAACCAAGCCUAGCUCCCUGGACCAGUUCAAGAGCAAACUGCAGAACCUGAGCUACACUGAGAUCCUGAAAAUCCGCCAGUCUGAGAGGAUGAACCAGGAAGAUUUCCAGUCCCGCCCGAUUUUGGAACUCAAGGAGAAGAUUCAGCCAGAAAUCUUGGAGCUGAUCAAACAGCAGCGUCUGAACCGCCUCGUGGAAGGGACCUGCUUUAGGAAACUCAACUGCCGGAGGAGGCAAGACAAGUUUUGGUAUUGUCGGCUUUCACCAAACCACAAGGUCCUGCACUAUGGAGACUUGGAAGAAAGUCCUCAGGGAGAAGUGCCCCAUGAUUCCUUGCAGGACAAACUGCCGGUGGCAGAUAUCAAAGCUGUGGUGACGGGAAAGGACUGCCCUCAUAUGAAAGAGAAAGGUGCCCUUAAACAAAACAAGGAGGUGCUGGAACUUGCUUUCUCCAUCUUGUAUGACUCAAAUUGCCAGCUGAACUUCAUAGCUCCUGACAAGCAUGAGUACUGUAUCUGGACGGAUGGGCUGAAUGCGCUGCUGGGGAAAGACAUGAUGAGCGAGCUGACGCGGAAUGACUUGGACACCCUGCUCAGCAUGGAGAUCAAGCUCCGCCUCCUCGACCUGGAAAACAUUCAGAUCCCCGAUGCACCCCCACCCAUCCCCAAGGAGCCCAGCAACUAUGACUUCGUCUAUGACUGUAACUGAAGUGGCCAGGCCCAGAAGCACCCCCCUUCAAAACUGGAAAAUCUAGCUAACAGGAGAGAAGAAUGAAAAUCGGCCCAGGGCUUGGAAUCCUCUUGGGUAAAGGGAAGCUGUGGGUCAACACUUUCUUUGGCCUCACCUCUAGCCCCUGGCAUCUUUCUGCCCCUACCUGGCGUUUUGCUCACUGCCCCAAUCCUGUUUCUAGACUCCAUUGCUUUAGGUCACUUCCCAUUGCCGCAGUCUACUGGUGGGAGAAGAACAAGACCCACCACCAAUAAGAGAGCCAAAGGGCCCUUCCAUCCUAACCCCAACAGGCACGUCCUCCUUCCUGGAGUAUGAAAGCCAGCAGCACCAGACUGCCCCCAAACCUGCCUGCCAGACGGAGGGGAGUGCACCAAGGCUUGUGUCUGGAAGAAACAGCCUCGCUACUUGAGGAGACCAAACACCACCUCCUCAUUCCCAUUCUCUCUAGAGUUGGCUCAUACUGCCAGUUCCAUGUGAAUUGAAAUCUGCUUUCAAAUCCCCUCCCUUCUCUGUCCCAGCCUUUGCCUUGCCCUGUUCUUCUCUGGUUCCAAGAGCAACAGCAGCAGCCUCAUCCUAGUUCUCGCCAGCAUUGGGUCUCCCAGACACAGUCCACAGGUCCCAUGCCCACUUUGCAUUUGCACUGUGACCAUGACCAACCUUCUUUCCUUGCCAGCUAGUCUUGGGUUUCUUUUCCCGGCCCCCGCCCAGACCUGCCUUCUUCAUUUCCACACACCCUCCUAGCCCCUUAGCUGAAAGCACAAAUGGUGAUAUCAGUCGUCAUGCUACAUCUUUAAUGUACUAAACCUAAAUGCCUCUAGGACAGGCGGUUGCUAUCUAAGGAUUUGGUGUUACAUUCUCCUGAGGGCUUCUGCUGCAAUACAGGUUCCACAGGAUGGUCAAGCUGUCAGACAUCCAAGUUUACAUCAUUGUAAUUAUUACAGAUGUUGACAAUUUGCAAGGGUUUGGGGUUGUUUUGUUUUGGUUUUUUUUGCUUUGUUUUUGUACAAAAGAGUCUAACAUUUUUUGCCAAACAGAUAUAUAUUUAAUGAAAAGAAGAGAUACAUAAAUGUGUGUACUUUCCAGUUUUUUUUUAAUUAUUUUAAUCCUAAACAUCUUCCUGAGAAUAACAUUCCCUUAAACAUGCUGUGGAAUAAAAUUAAUUGUGAUGAGUUGGGGCGCUGGUGUUUUGACUUGGUAAGUCACGUUCUUGCUGCUCAGGCAUCAGCAUCACCUGGGAGCUUGUUGGAAAUGCAGCAUUUUAGGCUUCACCCCAGACCCACAGAAUCAGGUGGUUUGUGUGCAUUUAAAGUUUGAGAAGCACAAGCCCAGGGGACUUGACCACUGCUAGGUCACCAUAGGCUCUGUGCAUCAGUGAAGAAUGUUACUUCUGAGAAGACCAUUUCAACUCACUGCGAAAAUCAGGCACACAGUGUGAAAAUAUGAUCUAUUCGUUUUUUACUGUUGCCUACUGACCAUGACUUUCUUUUUUAUUUUUUCUUCCUUACCACUAUAUAGUUUAUGGAACUAACCAAAUUAAACACAUCACACUUUGAGGGAGCAUAUUUAACAAUGAAAAAGAAUGCAAACCCAUAGACUGGAAAUAAAUUAAGCCAGACCAAAUAAAUUUAACUAUGAAUUAAUAAAAUACAGGUCAGAGCCCAGCAAAGGAUUUUUCCAAGGUCAGUUCCACAGGCAGCAUAUCUGGAUCAUAAAUUCCGAGGGCUGGAAGUGAUGUCAUAAAGGUCCAAGCAUGAAGAAUUAAGCAUGGCACAGCACAAGCCACUCUGGACUUGCAGCAGAGGCGUUAGAUGCCUCCAGGCCACAGCUAUUUACCGUCAUCAAGAUGUGCAAUUACAGAUUGACCUGGGUUGGGGUGACGUGGUUCACAGCCCUCCAUAAAUUGCAGGGAAAAAAUCCUUUAUAAUUCAUAGUAAUUCAUGGGCAAUUAUGCUUCCCAUCAGAGCACUCACACCUGAGUGUCAAUUUGACACUUCCUUAAUCAUUAAGCUUUGACGACAUUAACACAUAUGUCCUUCAUGGCAGGAGCAUUUAUUGAUCUACGUAUCAUCAUGAUAAAAUGGUAAAUGUCAGAUAAAAGAAAGCUGACAGAGUCAUACCAUUUUUUACUUAGGAGUUACCAGACUCCAUCCAUGAAAAGGGAAAUUCUCUGGACCAAGAUAAUCUGAGGUCCUAGGAGCUCUGGAUUUAAGAGAUCCAUCUGUCCUAUGACCCUUGCUGGAAAGAACCAGCCCCUCUCUCUUCUGGCACUCCUGCUUUGGUGCAUUAAGUGGAUAGUAACUCUUUCCAGACUGUAAAGAGAGCUUUCUUCUACUUCUCCUUAGACCCUCCUCCCUCGGACUGGUGAGAUCCUGAGAGUGGACAUGAUUCCUUCAUUUUGUGGCAGUGUGGUGGAGGGUUACUGUACAUAUUUGGCUGCCUCAUCUUCUCUCCCUAGACUGUCAAGUCUUCGUUCCCAGACAGCGAGCCUUCCAUCUCCAGCAUAGCUCCUGCUGUCACAGGUUUCUGAGCCUAGACAAAUUGACCAAAUCUAAGGGAGCUGUGGAGUAGGAAUCCUGAUUUUGUCAUUAGGUCUAAGCUGCAUCCUCCAGCUUUACUGAAAUAAAACUGAUUGCUGAAUCUG